GCCGGCGACUGUGACGUGAUGUUAAAUGGUUUCCUCCAGUCUUCGGCCAGCCAGUAAAUCUCGAGCACACUGGGACUCACAGCAUCCAAUCAUCCAAUCACAAGGUGCGAUGGUCGGGGGUCCUGUUCAGCCAUGUUGUGGUUUUGAAUGAGGAAGAAGCGGGAGAUAAUAUUCUUCAACGAGUUUAUAUGCCAUUUAAAGUCACGUUACGGAUCUGCACAUGAGUCAGGCUGCGAGUCAACAUGAUGACAGUUUUUUCGGACGCGCCGUCGGCGACUUCUCGCUUUCCCGCCGGACUUUAAACUCACUUCCAUAAAUUAGCCGUGUGGCUAACAACGCCAGCUAGCACGGCAGUUAGCAUCGUGUGCUAAGCUAGUAGGCGACUGGCUACUUCUCGGCUAACUAGCUAACGAUUAGCUGGUCUGGUGGGAGAAUAAAAUGAUAUUUGUGAGGAGUGUUAGCCUCUGAAAGAGCCUCAGCUAACCUGCCUCGGUCGGAUGAAGCGCAUGAGCCUCAUUUGGUUUGACUACAUUGACAGGUAGACUGAAAAAGCAGCAGCAGCAGCCAUAUAGCGAUUUAUCUUUUAUACCUGCGCCGUUAUCUCUGACAAAAAAAACUUUUGAGCCAUGUUGAAUAAAAUCUACGAAUGGAUAGAGACGAGCUUUGCCAAUCUUCGCAACGGCGUGCCAGCUGCGGAGGACUCCGACGCGCACCGGGCACCGGGAGAUGGUCAGAUGAGGAGGAAAAGACCAAUUGAAUGUUUGGAAGAUGGACAUAACGUCGACCAAGAUGGCAUAAUAAGAAAGAAAUCAAGAAUGGGAGAUCUUAUUGACACAGUCAAGGUGGCAGCUGAAGGGGUUAAGACUCAUAGCUCUACUGUGGCUACGUGGAUGAGGAACAACGUGAGCCCUACGUUGCGAAAUAUACUGCCUGCCUCUCCUGGUCCUCCACCUCGAGAACCUCAACCCUCAACAUCAGCAUCCAUCUGGACAGGAAGGCCGUUUGUUGAAAGGAACUCGCUGAAUGACACAUUCGCUGCUCCCUCCACUACUUUGGAGUGGAAAACAUCCAAAUCAGAAUGUUUGCGUAAUGAGAAGUCAACUAUGGGAUCAAAAGUCUGUAGGCGACAAGUGUGCAUGAGUCCUACACAUCGCGAAGUGCCAAAAACAAAUGGACACUCAGUCAACUUGCCACCAUCCAUCAAGCCUGAAUUGCACGCCUCUCCACGGUUAGGCAGGCCCCUAAACCUCCGACCAUUUGGAACACCAAGUUUUAGUGGAGCGGCAAGCAGCAACUGCACCAGCAUGUAUGAGAAGACAUUUCCAAUCAAAGUGGUGCAGAGCCCCACACACAGCACCUCAUCUGGCCGCAUACACAGAGUCCAGCCACGCUGCACAGCACAGGAGUCUGUUUGUGAGGAGGAGAAGGAAGUCUACAGGCAGCUUCUGACCAUGGUCUCCGGUGGUCAGUCGUCUUUUCUUCACAACGGCAGCUCACACGCCAUCAUGAGGUCACACAGAGAUUUCACCAGCUUCCUGACCACCAGCCGCAGACUGCUACCGUUCUCUUCCCCUGCUGGGUCAGCAGCAGGAGGAACUUCAGAGGGACCUAGCAGCCCCCUGAGCACCAGAGGCAUGUCUAGCCAGAGCUCCAGCAACCUCCACAGCCCAGUUGGGGUCUCCAACAGGCCAGGCACCCAGAUGUGGUCUCUUGACUCGGACCUCAGCUCCAGCAGAGCAGCUACUCUCACAUCGGUUCCCUCCCCAUCUGCUCUGCAGGAUAACUCCUCUCAGGACACACAAUCAUCAGCUCAUGAUGGUGACUCUGUAAUUAUUGUAAAUGAGCUAAAGGGUAAAAAGCAAGACAGCUCAAGUGUGCCAUGUUUCCAAGCUGAGUUAUGGAUCAAAGAAUUGACUAGUAUGUAUGACUCCAGAGCAAGAGAAAGACGGAGACAGAUAGAAGAGCAGGAGGCCCUGGCUGCACAGCUGCUGAGACAGCGCCUUUCUGAAGAGGGCCAACGCAGCCCAGAUGUGGAGGUCCAUGUUCGUGUUCCUUUGGAAAAGGAGGUUCCUUUGACUCUUGUUAUAGAAGAACCGAAGCCUUUGGAAGAGAAACCAGAAUUUCCUGAACUCACAGAGGAAAUGGAGGCUGAGGUGACCAGGGUGCUAAGAAUGGGAAGUUCUCAUGACACAUUAAGUGAAGGUUUUGGUCUCAGCCUCACGGGCAAAGACCUGCAGACCCUCAACAAUCUCAACUGGCUCAAUGAUGAGGUGAUCAACUUUUACAUGAACCUGCUGGUCGAGCGCAGCAAGGACCCCAGUCUGCCAUCAGUCAACACGUUCAACACUUUUUUCUACCCCAAGCUGCGCAGCAGUGGAUACUCUGCUGUCCGCCGCUGGACCAAAAAGAUGGACAUCUUUUCUAAAGACAUCUUGUUGGUUCCUGUCCACUUGGGGGUGCACUGGUGCCUCUCAGUGGUGGAUUUCCGCAAAAAGGCAAUCCUGUACUUUGACUCUAUGGGAGGAAACAAUGAUGAAGCAUGCAGAAUAUUGUUCGAUUACCUGCAGCAGGAAAGUAAGGACAAGAAGGGCAAAGAACUGGAUACCUCAGGCUGGACGCUCCACAGCAAAAAACGCAAUGAGAUCCCACAGCAGAUGAAUGGUAGCGACUGUGGAAUGUUCACAUGCAAAUAUGCAGAUUACAUUACCAAAGACAAGCCAAUCACAUUCACACAGAAACACAUGCCCUACUUCAGAAGAAGGAUGGUUUGGGAGAUUGUGAACCAUAAGCUGUUGUGAUGUCUGUAUGAACUUGUAUCGUCCGCUUAUGAUGUUAGAAAUACGAGACGGUAAUGGUGACUGAGCUACGUUGGACAGCAGGAUCCACUUACAGUAGUCCUGGUCUGGGAUAGACUUGCACACCAGCUCAUCGGAUCAGGAACCAGCUCUGCUACUCUGCAUCCUCUAAGACCUCAGCUGGCGGGAUGCUGCUGGAGCACCAAGCACUGCCUCCCAAUACUCUGCUCCACUUUGUUAAUUUUUUUUUUGUUGGUGCGCCCAUGGAGCACAUCAGUAUAGCAGUUGAAACACUGCGUGUUUUGUAUUGCCCACAGCCAGAACUGUUUUUGAAAUUAAGCUUGUAUUGAUGAACAUACUCUGAGUCGCAAUGUUCUGUUUCAUGCAGACAUACAAAGUUUACAUGUUUUUGUCUUACAGGGAGAUGAGCACAUUGUGCUGAAUCAUUUUUAUAAUGACAGUAAUACUACAUUUUUAUGUCGCUGUCAGUGUUUGAUACUUUUGGGAUGUGCAAAGGAAAAUUGACUUUAUCAUGAAAAUAUGAAUGCCUAUAAAUGACUGAAAUUUAAAUGACAUCUAGUCUGUCUUGACUAGACUUUUUCUGGGGUUUUUUUUAAAUUUCUUUUUCAUAAUACAAAUAUUUUUCCUGGAACAGGAUUAUUUUGCAGCUUGUUUGAUUAAAAUGCACAAAAGUCUUCAAAUAUGAUAUUGCCUCAGAGUAUGAUCCAUAAAACAGAAUGUCUUACCUUGCCUCUGACUUGCAAGUGUAACAAAAGUCUUUGUUACACCCUAAAAGUGCAGGGUAAAAAGUUUUGCCAUUUUAUUCUCACCCAUUAGUCUUGAUAAAAGAUUGUAAAUUAAGGUUCAAAGUCUAUUUUAUGUAAGUCAGAGACUGUUCAUUUGACAACUUUUGGGCAUAUUCAGUAUAUUUUGAACUUUGUACAUACUCAAAACAUAUACAGCCUCUUGAACAGUGUAAUAUACUUUUUCUUUACGUAUUUCCUAUAU